UCCCAUCGCAAGUUUAACUUCUUACGUUUCAUUUGAUUCCUGCGUGGGACGACCCCCAUAUAUAUAUAGACACACAUAUACAUAGACACACACGAGAAGAGAGUUCGUUGCUUCUGAUCUGUGUCAUUUACAUGGUUUGGCUCUUUCUGGAAUAUAUAUUGUUGAGGCCGAAGAAGAAGAUUAUUAUCGUGGAUCAAAUUAAGAAAGGCGUGAUGGGUCUGUUCCUUUCUAAGAGUGUUUUCAUGGCAUGCAAGUUUUUCUUUUCCCAAAUUUUCUCGGGAAAAGUUGCAGGCGAUGAUUUCUUGCGGCCCAGGAAAAUGGUGCGUUUGACCUCUCGUACUGGUAGGCAUUUGCAACGAUACGAUGAAGGUUGUCGCCAAGUUGUGGGAUGCAUUCCAUACAGAUACAAGAAUAAUAGAAAUGUUGAUGGAAGGCAUAACAGUACUGAGUUGGAGGUUCUUAUGAUUAGUGCUCAAAAUGGUCAAGGAAUGCAGUUUCCAAAGGGAGGUUGGGAGAUAGAUGAAUCUAUGGAACAAGCAGCUUUAAGAGAAACCCUAGAGGAAGCUGGGGUUGAGGGUAACGUCCAAAGCGUGUUAGGGAAAUGGCGUUAUAAGAGCAAACGACAAAGCGUUGUGCAUGAGGGACAUAUGUUUCCUUUGCUUGUGAAUAAGCAGUUAGAAGAUUGGCCUGAGAAGAACAUUCGCAAACGAUUAUGGAUGAGUGUGAGUGAAGCCAAGGAGAUUUGCCCACAUGCGUGGAUGAAGGAAGCAUUGGAUGUUUUGAUUUACAGACAACGAGAAGAUGGAAAUGGAUAUGAAAAUAAUGAAACUUGUGGAGAGGAAGAAGGAACGCAAGUGAUUGACUACAGCACAUCAUAAGAGAUCAAUAGAAAUUAAUUAAAAAUUAAUUAAAGAAUUAAGGAACUAAUAUCACAAUAAUUAAUAGCAAGUCAGAUAAUUAAUAGAAGGAUUAAAGUUGCUCAUUGUCUUUUUGUAAUAUUGUUACUUCUGCUUAGUUAGGGUGUGCAUAGGAGGUAGCCAAUAUCAUGAAGAGCAUGAUAAUUUUUGCCAAUAAGUAGUUGAAUAUAAUAUAUGGUUGAAGAUGUAGACAUAUAUUCAAUUUAUUCUUUCAUUAAUUUAAAUAAGAUCGUUGCGGA